AUGCCGGUUAUUGUAGGUGGACCUUAUGGGCAGUCUCAGCCCAGUUGCUUUGACAAAAUAAAGGUGGGCUUCAUGAUGGGGUGCACAGUGGGCAUGGUAGCCGGAGCAGUCUUUGGCACUGUCUCCUGUUUAAGAGUUGGAAUGAGAAGACAAGAACCUAUUGACGGCAUUGGAAAGACCCUGAUGCAAAGCAGUUACCCCUUUGGGAUAUUUAUGCCCAUUGGAAUGGGGAUUUGGUGUUGA